AUGAUGGCAUCGCAUUGGGCCGAGCUGGGGUGCUCCGUGGGCCAAUCACAGCCCGGUCUCUUUUUCCUCCGGAUGAACCAUCCGUUGCCGAACCAACAAACCCUGUCUGUCAUGUACGCAAUGGCCGAGGACUGGAGAGCCUCGUAUGGCUUCAGCAAGAGGCUUCAGCGGAUGUCAGAAAUCACAUCCGCCUACCGCAAUCUCUCGCCGUCAUCGACCUUUGUGGAAGCUCAACCACAUUCUGCCCCUCUAGAAAGGGAGGCUUACGCCAAAGCUACUUCAGAGGCAGAGUAUGAUCGCCUAUGUCAGGAGAUUAUCGAUGGGUUCGAGGCUCAACAUGCCGAUGUUCCAGUGAUCGAUACCCCAAAAGCAAUAUCAAGCGAAGAAGCAUAUAUUGAGCCUGGGGAAGCUGCCAAUGCUGUCAAAAUUGGUGCAUACGAAAAUUGCGUUCAUCAUGCUGAUGGGCUGAUGUCUACGGUUUAUCGAUCCAAAAGCUCUGAUGGUAAAUUGGUUGCUCUGAAAGUCACAACUCCUCAUCAAAUGAGUCCUCCCCAUGACUCCAAACGGGAAGCACGUAUUUUACGAUGGACGAAAGAUCAAAAACACAUCAUCACAUUACUCGAAGCUUUCGAGUUGGCUGGCGGGCGAUUCGUCCUCGUUUUCCCCUUCAUGCGGUACAACUUUGCCGAAGUACUGCAUCAAAAUGUCUUGACGACACUUCAAAUCAAGAUCAUCUUGAGAGAUAUGUUUCGCGGCCUGGAACAUACGCACGCGCUCCAUAUUAUUCAUCGAGACGUAAAGCCUUCGAAUAUCCUUCUGGAUAGUCUGGACGGUCCAGCCUUUCUAGCCGACUUUGGCAUCUCAUGGAAGGAAAUGGAUGAAGGCUCUGAAGCUGCGAACGAAAAGAUUAUUGAUGUCGGAACCACCAGCUAUCGGCCACCGGAAAUUCUGUUUGGGUCGACAGAAUACGACACGUCGCUGGAUAUGUGGGCGGCUGGUUGUGUUGUCGCAGAAGCAGUAGAUAUGCGCCAUCGCCAGCUCUUUGACUCGGGAGAUCUAGGCAGUGAGCUUGCUCUUAUAAAAUCGAUUUUCAGCACUUUGGGGACUCCCAAUGCCGAAGUGUGGCCGGAGUCUGCAAAGCUUCCGGACUGGGGCAAGUUUCAAUUUUAUGAGUACCCGGUCAAACCUUGGGAAGAAGUCUUGGAAGGAGCAUCAACCCAAGGACGUGAUCUAGUUAGCAAAUUAGUGUGCUACGAAUCUUCUUCUAGGUUGACUGCUGAACAGGCUUUGCGACAUCCAUUUCUGCCACAAAACAAUCAGUCCGAGCAGGACGAACCAUACCCCGCCGGUUACCGAUUCAACGACGAUAUUAUUCAAGAGCUCGUCAUGUCGCACGCCCAUUUUCACCGCCAUGAAAGACGGGAUAUCAUUUCGGCGGUCGAGAGUUUCCUUGGAAUCGACAACAAUAAGGGCGAGCAGCAGUCUACCGUGACUGAAACUGCGUCAGUAGUCUAUGUGACCGCGUCGCCUACUUUCACCGGCGCAAUUGGUGGUUAUGUUACGGGCUCAGAUACGACUACUACUGCGGAUCCGACAACUACGGGAAAGGGUGCUCCUGUAGCCCAGUCAACAAAGACGACAACGACUUCACAGUCAGAGAAAUCAUCCACCACCACUAAGGCUCCGGAGACUACGACUCAUACUACGUCAACUCAGUCAACCACGUCGACCUCGUUGUCUGACUUGUUGACCACCUCGAGCGAUCCUUCUUCGACCACUUUCUUGACGUCCUCUUCCACACAGUCCGCAUCUUCCACUUCGUCAACCGGUACGGCAGUAGACCAGUUCUCAUCAUCCACUGCUUCUGCCACUACCUCCGCAGCCGCAUCUGCUUCCAAUGGUCUUACAGGAGGUGCCAAAGCUGGGAUUGCGAUCGGUGUCUUGGGAGGAAUUGGACUUAUCGCUGGAUUGGUCCUCUUCUGGCUGCAUAAGCAGAGAAAGAACAGAGAAGAAGCGGCUGCCGCCGCUGCUGCGGCAGAAAAUGAAAAGUUCGCUCGAAGCCAACCUCCUCCAAUGACUAGCGCUCCGCCGCCACAGUCGAUGGCAGCGUACUCUUCGGCACCGUCAACCCCAGCAACUGCCCCUCAAGUCAGCCUGCGCCCAAUCACCCAAUUCAACCCCAUGUUGACCCAGUCUGGUGGUGCCAACCCUUACGCUGCUGGUGCCGCUGGUGCUGCUGCUGGUGCUGCUGCAGGCGCCGCCGCAGCUGGUGGCCUACAAGUAGCUCGCUCAGCUGAACGUCCUUACGGCGGCUCGGCACAUGUUCCCCCACAGUCCCCACGUCAAGAUCCAUUCACCGAUCCAGUCAAUCCUUUCGAUAAUGGAGCACAAGCUGCGUCCCCUCCUAUGCCCCCUGCUAAGGAUGCAUCCUCUCCCAUCCGGGAUCUGACGCCUUCACCUCCUGGUAGUGUUCACAACUUGCCCAGCCCUAUUACUGAAGAAGGGUCUUCUGCUGGCUCUUUAGAAGCUGCUGCUGCCGGUGCUGUCGCAGGAGCUGCUGUUGGUGCUGUUCCUGUCGCAGCCGUGGCCGCCGCAAAGUCCAACGACAACCCAGCUGAACCACGAACACCAUCCCCUGAAUACGUCGAACAUGCGGGGUCCCGACCUCAAUCCCCUGUUGUUGGUGGUGCUGGUGCUCCUGUUAGUAACGUCCACCGUGUCCAAAUGGACUUUACACCUUCCCUGGCCGAUGAAAUGGAACUGCGCGCCGGUCAGCUUGUGAGACUUUUGAAGUCGUACGAUGAUGGAUGGACUCAAUGCUCCAGCAUGGAUGGCUCAGUUCAGGGUAUUGCACCACGCACAUGUCUGUCUGCCCGACCUCUUCAGCCCCGUCGCCCGCCUGGACCUAACGGACCUGGUGGUCCAAAUGGUCCUGGUCCUCGCGGUCCGCCGAUCAUGGGUCCCAAUGGAAGGCCCAUGUCCCCAGCUGGUGGUCGCAUGGGACCUCCACCUCAAAUGAGAGGGGCUCCUCCACGUUUCUACAAUGACGGUCGCCCCAUGACCCCUACUGGUUCUGGAAUGCCCCAUUUCCCACCUCCCCCUGGCACUCCACGAUCAAUGUCCCCUGGCCCCGGCCGUGGCGCCGAUGUUCCACACCCAUUGACGCCGGGAGGAUCCCGUCCAGCUAGCCCGGCCGGAGGACGAUCACGCAGCAACAGCGCAAGUGUUGCUCAGAUGGGUCCACGUCCAGUUGUGCACCGAGGAGGUCAAAGUCCUCUAGCGCCACCAACCGGCCCUCUACCAGGCCCUCCUCAGCAGCCUGUACAAAGCCCUACCGCACCGGCACCAUCACCACAAGUCCAGAAUGACGCAAGUCCCGAGUCACCGAUCGAAAGAAAACCUGUUCCCGGUCAGGAAUAG